UGAUGAUUAUAAGAUUAGUCGGGUUAGUAAUCAUCAACAUGCAGUUUAUGAUUAUGCAAAUAAUGGAGCUCACUUUGGACAAAGUGAUUUAGUUUUGAACAAUAAUAAUGGGGCGUGCAAUAAGUAUUCAUAUGAAGAUAGUAUUUUAGAUACGAAUAAUUUUAGUAUUGAAGAAAUUGAGGUCUUUAAAAUUGUUGAGAAAUAA